AUGUCCCAACGCGUCAUGACUAGCACGGUAGACACCAUGCUCGACAGCGCCACUAAGCCAUCGGACCGGGUCCCCGACGAGCUUUGGGAGAAGUUCCUUUCACACCUCGUGCGUGAUAGAGGAACCCUUCUCGCCAUCGCUCAAGGACACGGCCGUGGCCCUGAUCAGGCUGAGAGGCUCUACUGGAGAAAUGACCUUGCUGCUCCAGGACUGCUGGAUACGUUGGAUAUUAUGCCAGACUACGUGAGACAGUCGCUUGCUCACCACAUCCGCCACAUAACCAUGAGGUUCAAGCCCACCGGCCAGCGUCGUGUAUCUCCGGUUCUCCAAUUCCCUCAGCUCCGAAGUAUUACUGUGAUGACUACCGGAGUUCUUCAUAGCGAAGGAUACCUUCAUGUAGAAGCCUGUGUAGGACGCCUGCUAGGUCCACGUCUGCAGUAUCUGGACAUUGGCUCCGAUAGAUGGUGGCCUCAUGAUCUUCUUCCCUCAACAGACAAUUUUCUACCAGUCCUCAGCACUUGCCUCGACCUCCGGGAGUUGUCAGUCUGUGCUCGAAUUGGGGACGCAUCAUCCCAACACCUUGUCGCAGUCUUGAACAGUUGCAAAGAGCUCAAGAUGCUCUACCUGAGUAGCCACACUGCACCACUGAUCGACCCAUACGCACUCCAAGCUCUGGCUGAACACCGAUCUAUCGAAACAUUGGAAAUCCAGAAAGUCAUCGACCUGUCUCUGGCUUCGACUAUCAUGAAAAUCGAGCAACCGUUCCGCCACCUGCUCGAUCUCACGCUGCACGCCACCCCAGACGGCGCCAGUAUAGUCCUGCCGCAAUUGCAGCGACUGAAGACACUCCGGCUCGUAAUCUCAAGAAGUGGAAGUGUCUUCCCAGCUGUUGGAAAGGUCAAGACUCUGCAGUCGUUCAGUUUUGAAUCUGCCUCUUUCCCCUUGACUGAUCACGACCUCUCGUACAUGAAAUCGCUGAAGCAUUUGGAAUCUCUUCAGUUCCACAACGGCCAGCAGAGAAGGCGCCAGCACCAGGGCUUCGUGAAACAGGACUGGGCAGACCAGUUGGCCCAAGAUCUCGACAGACACGCUCCCAAGCUCCAUUGGAUCUACUCCUGCCUUGAUGAGAAGGACGACAUGGCUCAGAUGGCUGCCAACGCCUGGUGGUUUUCGAAGGACAAGAGAGAGUUCCGUGCUUUCUUGGAGCGAGAUGGCACGCCGGAGGAGGUCAUCGAUCGCUAUGUGUCUGAGUUCACCCCUGUUUCAGAUUGGGAGGAAGCUCAUAUGUCAUAG